AUGAGCAGAUUAAGCCGAAGUUUUCUUUCAGUAGACCGAUCAAUCACAUCAAUUCACGAAAACGAAAGGCUCCAAAACGAACUUGAAAAAAUCAUUGAAAAGCUCGAAAUAGAAAAGCAAGAGUCUAUGCAAUAUGACGAACAAAUCGAAUAUUUAGAAAAGGAAAAGUUGAAUUUCAAAAUUUCUAUGAAUAAUGAGAUGUCUAUAAAUAAAACUGAAUCGAAACUCAAACAAAAAAUUGCAGUCUUAGAACGAAAGCUGGAGCUAGAAAUGACGCAAUUGAAUGAAACCUGCUCACAGAAUCGGAUUUCAAGGGCUGAGGUAAAUAAUAUUAGAAGGGAUGCACAACAUUAUAAGCGAACAAUUCAAAACUUAUCCAAAGGGAUAUUUGAUCAUGAAAGCUUAGUGACUUUUAAACAUCAUGAAUUUACAAGAAAUUAUGAAGAUGAAAAUAGAUUUAAAAAGCAAUUAGAAAAAAUAAGAAGUAAAAGUGUGGUAAGCCAUCAAAGCUAUGGAAAAAGGCUCAGUGAGCUGAACACUGUUAUUUUGGGUGACUUAGAAAAAAGAAAUUCCGUCAGGAAACAAAUGGAUGAUGGAAUGUUCAGUAGGAUUUCAAAGCCUGGUGAAGCAUUUGACCAUAGUAAACUUCUGAAAGCACUUCUAGGCGGCUGAAAUGAAAAGAUUCGAGAACGCAAAAAAUUUUUAGACUCAUAUGUAAAAAGAAUGUCAAAACUAGAAUAUAUUUUUGACCAAAUGGUUCAAAUCACAGGAAUGGGGAGCACUGAUGAAGUUGCCACCGCAUUUAUCAAGUCAGAGGACCAGCAAUACCAAGUCCACGCCUACAUCAACGAAAUGUGAGCAGAAAUCGACACUCUUGAAGAAAACGCAAUCAGGACAACUGAAGCAAUAAGAAAAUACGAAACUUCUAAAGAAAACAAACAAGUCAAAACAGCUGAACUUUUGGAGAAUUUAAUUAAAAAACAUGAGAAGUUUCAAGAGAGAAAAGAAGCAAAAAUGGCAGAAGUCGAAAAAUAUAAAAAAACUCUACAGUCCAUUAUCCCAUUUUUAAAAGUAUUUUUUAAUUAGAGCAUAAUUCACUCGUGCCAAGGCACACCAGUAGAUUUGAGACAUUCAAAGCGAAUAAAAAUAGAAGACGAAACAGCGAUUAACGAACGAAAUAUCAUUCCUUUUAUUGGACAAAUUGACGAAUUUCUUUCAUAUUUGUAUGUAUUUUUAGGCUCAGAAGAAAAUCAUUCAUUUCCUUUGGAUAAAUUGGUGCCAAAGAUGAAAGGCUAUAAGAGCAAAACUCCUGAGCCGAGGAUGAAAGGAAUUAAAGAUAUAAUUGAAAGCAGAGACCUUUAUUUAGACCAAGAAAUUGAAGAAUCGAAAACUCCGAUCCCACCUAAAAUUAUGCGACACAGAGCAAAAAACAUUGGGGAAAGUUUCAGAUUAGAAGCUUCUCCUCGGAAAUCUAUAAAUUAA